UGUCACACAUCACAGACCAGGAAAUAUGGCGCCAUUAAACAAAGCAAAACAAAAAAAGACGAAUGUAAAAUAAAUUAGGUUUUUAUUUUUUGAGAACAACUGAUGUGUAGGCAAAAACAUUAUGAAAGUUAAGAUGAAAAGAAAUUCAUCAGUUUGUUCUUUUUCUAGUGUAUCUUAUUAUCUUGCUCAUACCAUCUGCAAGAUACUCUAUUAGAUUCUGUUUUAAACCUAGAAUAAUGAUAUAAUGACCUAAUCUAGAUUCUAGAACCAAGUUGAGAUUUAAAUUUAAUUCUAGAUUAAAGUUACCAGCCAAGUAAACAAAAUGAUCUAGCUCUUUGUCUGAGGUUCGACGUGUUCUUUAUGUCGUAUGAAAAUUUAUUUAUUGAACUUUUUUUUUGUAGCCUACAGCUUUAAAAAAAAUGUAGACCUAGACUAUGAUACUCACUAUGAACUAAGAAUAUAUAUAAAUAGUAGUUUUUGUUAGCAAGUGUUUAACAAAGAAAUAGUGCUAACACCAGAGAUCUAAAUUUUCUAGAUCGAGCGUUAAGGGAAGAUCUAAUCAAAGACAACUAAGCUAUGUCUUAUAAUUUGGGUCUUCUAACUGGAGUGGAACAUCGAUCUCAAAAUCUACAACAAAUGUUGAACACACAAAACUCAAUGUCUUGGUAAAUAAAAAAGGAAAGCAAAAAGAAAAACGCCGAGCGGACGGAGUUAUGUAUCAGGAAAAUGACGAUAAAAUGUUCCCUCUUCACUCUGCCUACCUGGGCUCAUUUCUACAAGGAAAUAUCAAGAGAACUGGAUAAAUCUAGAUUAUGGAUGAAUCAUCACGAAGCCGUAGACUUCACAGUAUUUGAGUUCGGCAAGAGGACGGUGUUCCUCCAGUCACGUCUGUGUCUCUUCACUCUCACCCUGAUCUCCACUUGUUACGUGUACCCCUCCAUCCUGUUAAUCAACCCUGGGAUCUCACCUGCAGCGCCCUUCGUCUACAUGCACACCUGGUUGUUUACACUUCUCACCUGCCAUCAGAUGUUUGAAAUCAUCGCUCUGGUCUAUUGCUACUACAAAGUGCCCACUUGUGUUCUCGUAAGAAUGCAUCACACACCGUGGUACUUCAAAGUCACGUGGUUUAUGCACAACACAAUAACAGCCAACAUUUUGUCAUGCAAUUUUAUGUACACUUUGUGUUUUAUUGAUGUAGCCAAAUUUGUUGGUUACUUCCAUAUGAUGUGCCAGGUCAUUCUGACCGUGGCUGUCGGCGCCAACGUGUGUGUUGUUGCGACACCCAGCAGAUUUACGCACGUCUACCAGCCCCUGGGACUGACCCUUGUCCACAUUCUCUUCAGCUACGUUUUUCAGAAAUGUGGAUUGACCAAUGCCGAUGGCCAGAACUAUGUGUACAAACAUCUGGACUGGAACAACAGAUUUACUGCCUUGGUCAUUGCUGUGUUGUGGAUGUUACUGACACUGUGCUGCCAUACGCUUUGUGUUAUAACGUGUUGGUCAAGACGUGUGGUCUUUCGUACUCACAGAAAGAAAACGAAACCUGUCUACGGCAUUGACGUCAAUGACUACAAUGUUUUCGAGUCAGACAGCGUCCACUGUCCACAGCACUGGAAGACCUCAAAACAUAGAUGCUGUUAUAAAGGGUGCCUGUCGCCGGAUUCAGUGAAUGACACUCCGUAUCUCAUGCUGAACUACGAUCCCCACCAGUCGUACAGGGAUGCGGAAGCAUCAACGAGGGGGUCGCCAGAGGCCGCCAAAGCGUCAGGUGGUGACAUGUGUUCAGGAGAGGUACCUAAAGGAGGUCACGUGACGCUGGAGGCGAGGAGGCUUUCGAGGCCCAGGACAGCGUUAACUUUCUUCAUUGGAGGCAGCAUUCCUGAGAGCAGUCAGUCAGAACAGUGCCACACGUCAGUUAAUGUUAACCCCUCGGGUGUCGACGAGGGCGUCGAUCCCUCGAACAACAAUCUUGGGCAGAAGAAGCUGAAGCGGUGUCUGAGGGCUCUGAGGAGGAAACGUCGCCAGAGGCGCCUCAAGGUGAAGCAAUGGUCCAUGAAGAAGUAUGUCGGUGUCAAGGAGGCCCCAGACGCCUCCGACCGUCAAGAUUUCCUCGCCACGCCCCUUGACGAGCUGGAUGUGGAGAGGCAGAUGGAGGACAGGGGCAGCUGGGAGAGGCGCAAGAGAUCAUCUGAUUCGGACGUCAGCGUGGAUGAGGAUGUCGAGAGUGAAGAUAAUGAUGAAGACCUGGACGAUGAAGUCAACGAAUCGUCUUCUGAUAGUGUGUUCCUUAAGUAGACCAAACGUCUUCUGAUAGUGUGUUCCUUAAGUAGACCAAACGUCUUCUGAUAGUGUGUUCCUUAAGUAAACCAAACGUCUUCUGAUAGUGUGUUCCUUAAGUAAACCAAACGUCUUCUGUUAGUGUGUUCCUUAAGUAGACCAAACGUCUUCUGAUAGUGUGUUCCUUAAGUAGACCAAAUGUCUUCUGGCAGUGUGUUCCUUAAGUAGACCAAACGUCUUCUGAUAGUGUGUUCCUUAAGUAGACCAAACGUCUUCUGAUAGUGUUUUCCUUAAGUAGACCAAACGUCUUCUGAUAGUGUGUUCCUUAAGUAGACCAAUCGUCUUCUGAUAGUGUGUUCCUUAAGUAGAACAAACGUCUUCAGACAGCUUCCUUACAGAGAAGAAAAUCUUCAUAUAGAGUGUUCCGAAUUUCUCAAUUAGUAGAAUCCUUUUCAUAUAAGCGUGUACAAAUAUAUAUUUAGCAUAUUUCAGAUAUGAGGAUAAGUAGAAAUCGUAGACCCUAAGAUAACGAAAGGAGAAUUGCCUCACGCUAGACAUUGUUUGGUCAAUCUGGUUAGUUCGUAACAGAAUUAUGGAGUUAUGUCAGUCCCCCCCGACCCCAAUCGAAAAGAAAACAAAAAACAUUUUAACAUUAGAAUUAGUCACUUGUUUUAUGAAUAAAACAAUUAGCAUUUCACUUCAAGUUAGAUAAUUUAGCGUUUGUCUCACGAUAGAGAAGAGCGAGCAUUAGCCUACCUAAUGGAGCAAAGAGGUGUUCAGCAAAGAGGUGUUCAGCAAAGAGGUGUUCAUCUAUAGUUUACAAACAUUUCUUUCCAGCAGACAAUUUGUUUGCAUUAAGUCAAGAAAUGAAGGAAUGAAGUUUUUGUGUAACCAACAGACCUAGAAAUAAAUCGCCUGGUCAUACAAAUA